AUGCCUGUUCUUAUGCUAAGUCUGGGUAGCAGUAGAAUAACCAAAUUAGACAACCAAUCGUUUUCUGGAUUAACAUCACUAAAGGGCUUAUAUCUUCCUAAUAAUGUCAUUUCCACAAUAGAAAAGAAAUCGUUUUCUGAUUUAACAUCCCUUGAUACUUUAGAACUUGAAGGGAACAGGAUUACCUCAGUCGAACAGAAUAUGUUUUUUGGAUUAUCAUCCUUAAAGAAGUUAGAUCUUAGUACCAAUUUUAUUACCACACUGGAACAAAAUUCGUUUUCUGAAUUAACAUCCCUAGAGACUUUAAAUCUUGGAGAAAACAGGAUUACCUCAAUCGAACAGAAUAUGUUUGCUGAAUUAACAUCCUUAAAGACAUUGGACAUGGGUUACAAUCCUUUUGUUUGUUGUUCAAUGACCGGAUUUGUAAAUUGGAUCAAUGGGACAUCAGUGCGUGUAACUGGAUCUUGUACCGACUUUAAUAAAACUACUGAACUUACAAUGUUUGAUACAUCAGUCUGUAUUGUGCCAGAAUCGAACACUACACAAGAAAAAGAGUCGGACAAUAAGUCCGGAAAGGAGUCCGACAAUAAGUCAGAAAAGGAGUCUACCAAUAAGUCAGGAAAGCAGUCGGACAAUAAGUCAGGAAAGACGUCGGACAAUAAGUCAGGAAAGACGUCGGACAAUAAGUCAGGAAAGACGUCGGACAAUAAGUCAGGAAAGACGUCGGACAAUAAGUCAGAAAAGACAUCGGACAAUAAGUCAGGAAAGACGUCGGACAAUAAGUCAGGAAAGACGUCGGACAAUAAGUCAGCAAAGGGGUCGGACAAUAAGUCAGGAAAAGGGUCGGACAAUGAGUCAGGAAAGCAGUCGGACAAAAAGUCAGGAAAGACGUCGGACAAUAAGUCAGUAAAGGGGUCAGACAAUAUAUCAGGUAAAUAA